AUGCGCAAGAGGCUUAAUGUCAGCUCUAGACAGGGACACAUCGACAUUGUUCGACUGCUUCUCGAGCCUUUCCUGAGUCGUGUCAGCGACCGUCAGAGCGUCAAGUACUUACGCGAGGCGCUCUAUGUCAGCUCUAGACAGGGACACAUCGACAUUGUUCGACUGCUUCUCGAGCCUUUCCUGAGUCGUGUCAGCGACCGUCAGAGCGUCAAGUACUUACGCGAGGCGCUCUAUGUCAGCUCUAGACAGGGACACAUCGACAUUGUUCGACUGCUUCUCGAGCCUUUCCUGAGUCGUGUCAGCGACCGUCAGAGCGUCAAGUACUUACGCGAGGCGCUCUAUGUCAGCUCUAGACAGGGACACAUCGACAUUGUUCGACUGCUUCUCGAGCCUUUCCUGAGUCGUGUCAGCGACCGUCAGAGCGUCAAGUACUUACGCGAGGCGCUCUAUGUCAGCUCUAGACAGGGACACAUCGACAUUGUUCGACUGCUUCUCGAGCCUUUCCUGAGUCGUGUCAGCGACCGUCAGAGCGUCAAGUACUUACGCGAGGCGCUCUAUGUCAGCUCUAGACAGGGACACAUCGACAUUGUUCGACUGCUUCUCGAGCCUUUCCUGAGUCGUGCCAGCGACAGCCAGAGCCUCGAAUGCUUACGCGGGGCGCUCUAUGUCAGCUCCGGACAGGGACAUGUCGACAUUGUCCGACUGCUUCUCGAGCCUUUCCUGAGUCGUGCCAGCGACCGCCAUAGCCUCAAUUGCUUUUACAAGUCGCUCUACUACAGCUCCGAAGAGGGACACAUCGACAUUGUUCGACUGCUUCUCGAGCCUUUCCUGAGUCGUGCCAGCGACCGCCAUAGCCUAGAUAACCUUGGCAAUGUGCUCUACAACAGCUCCGUACAGGGACAUGUCGACAUUGUUGUACUGCUUCUCGAGCCUUUCCUAAGUCGUGUCAGCGACGACCAGAGCCUCAAGUGGUUACGCGAGGCGCUCCAAAUCAGCUCCAAAGAGGGACACAUCGACAUUGUUCGACUGCUUCUCGAGCCUUUCCUAAGUCGUGCCAGCGAGGGCGAGAGCCUGGCUGGCCUUCGCAAUGCUCUCUGGGCCUCGGCGAGUAACGGCUGGUCCAAUAUUUAUACAAUGCUGCUGGCGCGCUCCGUCCUUCAUCUUCAUACUUCUGACCUCGAGCAAGUAUCAAAGCAAGGAUAUGCCAUUGUUUCGAGAUCAAGAGCAGAAGAGAGCUUCGAUUGCCGUAUCUGUCUAGACCUGGUUGCUGUCGGGGAGGAGAUUAAACUGCUGCCCUGCAAGCAUAGCUUCCAUAGCGCUUGUCUCGAUAAGGAGCUGUCCGACGGGAAGACGUGUCCAUAUUGCCGGCCCCAUGGAGAAAGAGAGUCGGGACCGUGA